UUCUUUGCUACGCGUGGAUCUCGCGCUGUUGAAUUUACAGUAGUUUAUCUACGGAUUCUCUCACCGUCUCACACUCUGGCUCGAGCUCUCAUGGAUAGCUCGGCAGACUUCGAUAGACAUAGUAGGUAUAGCUGAAAAAAAGCUAAACCGACACCCAGUAAUGUCUAAACAGCACGUACGUAUUUAAAAGUAAUUUAUUUAUCGGUGACUAGGUGGUUUGAAAACGACGAAAUAUGCUUGAUAAGGAAUCGGAGUCUCAACGUCACGGUCCAACGUCAAGAAGCUCAUCAUUUUCAAUUGAGAAUUUACUUCGCUCUACUACCAGGACUACAGACAGGCGGUCUACGACCGAAGAUGAUGGGGGUUGUAAAGAAAUAGGACUGUCUUUCAACCAAGUCGCUGUCAUUGAGAGCCGCUGGGGCCAAGUGGAGCGUCAAGUGUCUUACUUUGGGUUAAACGCCCAACGCCUUGCUGAAGCCGGUUGCAUUUCGGACUGGUGUGGGACAUCGCCCAAUAAAGCUUGCAGCGAUUUACAAAGUAAGUGUCACUUUUGUUAAUUGGCCCUUAUGUUUAUGUCUGUAUGAAAGCGACAUAGCCUAUAACCACACCAAACUGUAGCUUGCUUACUAGCUUGAGAUCCGCUCAACAACGAGCAUGUGAGGAUAGUUUACGCAUUUCCUCAGAUAAUGAGGAUAAAACAACGUGAAAGAGCUGUGCUCGACAAUGCUUGGAGGUUGCUGUGCGUAAUGUUAGCCAUUUUCAGUGUCAAUACACAAUAAAUGGUGGCAUGGCAGUAAAAACAGACAACAUUGCAUUGCAUUUUUUUGUCAUGCAUAGCCCAUAUAUUGUGCAACAAACCAUAAUAACAUUAGUGUAUUCGCUCUUACCCGGUGCGUAAAAUAUCUCCAUGCGGUUCCUCUUUACACGGGGUCCUCUUUACACGGGGUAUGGCACGCCACUUCAAUACAUUUCAAACAUAACACUGAUUGGAAAUGGAGCUUAUAAACCAGAAUUAUGGUGCUUAUUAUACAUUUGCAAGGCUACUGUGUUUAAUUACAAGUUUCAUUACAAGCUUGAGGUCAUAGUUUCUCAAGUCGAUAUGUGGCCUGCCCGCAGCACUUAAAAAAUCGACUACCAUCGAAAACUGCAAUCAAGUGUCACUCCUGCAAUGAGGGUUGAUAUCAUGAUUGAGAGAUGAUCAUGCACUUAUUGAUCCCUAUUGGCCGGUGCGUAAAAUGUAGCAGAAACAGUUUACCAAUGGCACUCCUCAUGAUACUCCUCGUUUAUUUCAGGUCCGCAAUGCCACUCCAGCAACUCAGAUGACCCCGGAUACUCCCUACCAACCAGCGACCGGGAUUCCCCUGCUGUACCGGAGCCGGUGGAAGACCACGACGAACGCAACGAGAGGGCAGAGGGCAGUCUGACAGAUGACAAGGAUGACGAAACAGGGCCAUCCUGCUUCGCGCGAGACGACAGUGACACACCUGAUACGAAAGCAGCUCGCAAGAAGAAGACCCGCACCGUGUUCAGCCGGAGACAGGUGUUCCAGCUGGAGUCCACCUUCGACAUGAAACGCUACCUGAGCAGCACCGAGCGGGCGGGGCUGGCCGCUUCUCUACAACUUACCGAGACGCAGGUCAAGAUUUGGUUCCAGAACCGCAGGAACAAGUGGAAGAGACAGCUAGCUGCCGACAUGGCGUCCACGAGCGUCUCCUAUUCGGCCCAAAGGAUUGUCAGGGUUCCUAUUCUAUACCACGAGAACACUUCACCUGGGACACUGAACGCAAACCUGGCACAGGUGUCGCCACCCUUAGUGGGUUUCUCGAGUACUGUGAAUUUUCCCCUCUCCCAGUUCACCCACCCCAUGUCUUUUAUAAGAUCACAAAUGACAGGCCUUGUGUGAGGCACACAUUAUUGGUGUAUUAUAUUAAACUAACAAUUUGAGUAUUGGACACAGUAGAGAUAAUCCCUUCAAGAGUUUAUUGCUGAGGGUGACUUUAUUGCAAAUCACCAAGAUCACAGCCACAUUCAUAAGGGGAUGACACUCAUUGAGCAAGCUGUGUAGUUUAUAGCCUCAACUACUUUCUUUUAAUAUGCAAGUUAUGAGCAUGGGGUUACGGGGAACUGUAUUAUUUCAUAUUUCUUAUUUAAACUGGGUUUCAUUUGACAUUUUGUACACAAGAGUUGUCCGAUCAAUGUAAAUAAAAUAGAUGAAGUGCACACCAUGUUUCAUGUUUAUUGUGUUGCCGAGAAGGCCUGCUUUGUAUUCUCAUAAUUAGCACGAAGGUAUCUUAUGUUGAUAAUUUGUCUCAGUAAGGUUCUGUCUGACCAGUGGCUAGGCCUAUGGCCAUUGAAAAUACACUGACAACCUAAUACAACCACAGCAACACGCAUUUUUCCCUUUCAUAAUACAUAAACAUGCCCCUGCAUUUAGGCCUAAUUUGAGAAAUUCCACACCAAUGUUGAGUAAACACAGAUUUCUAAAGUGAUGACUUAAAAUACCUUUCUUCUUAUAGUUUAUCAGUGAUUUUUUUUUAGGUUCAGUAGGUUAUAGGGGCACAGGUAACAGAACGUUUCACUGUUUUUUAACACUUCGAAUUGAAUGUAGGCCUAUAGGGUACUUAUCAUCAGACUGAAAUUGUAAAUAAAGUUGUGUAAAAUGAUUCAUUAAAUGAAAUAGUUGAAAUGAACCACAUUAGACAUAAUGGAAACUGAUUUGGUCAAAUUAGGACAUGUGAAUAAAACAUUUAGAAUAUAGGCCUCAUAUCCUAACAUUAUUAAUUAACCUAAUACAUUUCUAAAACCUCAAUCUCCCUAAAGCUUUCUAAUGUGUAUACUCAAAAUAAAAUAAAACUACAAGAUGUAAUUAUGAUGAAUCUGUUGGAGAGAUAAUAUCAGUGCCCCCAUAACACAUUAACGUUUCAAUUCAUAUGAUUAAUGGGAGCAAAAGUGAUCAAGUGUAGGUCUACAUACCUAACUGGUUAAUAACAGUCUCAAUUGUAUGGAUGUGACCACUUCAAAUCAAAUCACAUUCUAUUGGUUGCUUACACAUAUUUUGCAGAUGUUAUCGCAGGUGCACUGAAAUGCUUUGUUUCUAGCUCCAACAGUGCAGUAAUACCUAACAAUACAAAACAAAUAUUGUACAUACAUAUAGGCCUAGAAUAUAUAUUUUAGCUAACCUAUAUGCCAACUCUUCAUGUAAUUCUGAAAAGCAUUGGUAAACAUCCAAAAAAUCGUUUGGGCACUAUUUAACUGUAUCGUGAAUAUUCCCCGGAAACACCAGGAAACAAUCCAGGAGGCUAACUCUAGUCUUGCCUAAAGAUGCUUCCCGCCAUCAUCUGAUAUUUGGCGUCACGCUGCCUCGCAACCUCACCAAUCAAAAGCUGCUAAACCACAGUCUUCUGGUUCAUUGAAUAACGGUACCCUACGCCCUGGUAUAGUUGCAAUCGAGGAGCAAUGGUGCUUCGAGUAUCUGUAGGCUUCGAAGUUUUGGGGAACUCAAUUCACCAUUCAGAACAGAAGGAAAACUGUAAAUGUCGGGGAAUAUGAACAAGGAGGCUAUUCCCUGUCGGACUGCUUCAUUGAAAUUCACUAUAGACAAUAUUCUAAAUCUGAAGCAAAACAACAAGAGCAAUUUAGACGCAUAUGAUUCAAAAGUGCAGAGCGACGCAAGGUGUAAACAUAAUUUUACGCCCCGAUAUGAGGGCUACGAAGUUCAAAGAAGGCAUGAUGAGUCAGACUACACAACACACGAAACAGGUGAGCCCAUAUUUGCUUGUCUUUAACUAGCCCUUUAAUGUUUUGCAUUUGUUCAUUUAUGGUAAACAAUAACAGCUGAGCAAUUAAAAUACUAUCUAGCCCAGGCUACUUCAAAGUCUGGGUUAUGUAAUUUUUUAUAUUCCACUUACUGUGAUCUAGUGGGUUUCGCAGAUGAAAUACGAGUUGGUGUCAGCAUUGCAUCAAAACCAAGUUUUAUCGCUUCAUUUCACAGCGCAAACAAACAGUGCCCACCACGAUGCAGCUUGUGCGCUUUCAGUCUGUGGGGAGGAUGUCGACGCGACGAAGAUGAUUGACACUUGUCCAAGGACAGAGAGUUCGAACAGCUGCGAAGAUGUAUCUGAGCAACAUAAAGGAAACUCGAAAACCAAAGCAAUGGCAAAGAAGAAAACACGCACUAUAUUCUCCAAGAGGCAGAUUUUUCAGCUGGAAUCUACCUUUGACAUGAAAAGAUACCUGAGCAGUGUAGAACGGGCAUGUCUGGCGAAUUCCUUACAACUUACCGAGACUCAAGUGAAAAUUUGGUUCCAGAAUCGCCGGAAUAAAUUGAAGCGACAGCUAUCCACCGACAUCGAAGGACCAGUUCCAGUCGACCACUUUUCAGAUUCCGGGAAAAAUUCGCAAUUACCAACUAUUUACAAAGAUAGCAACAUAUUGGGCGGAUGUUUAAUACCAAUGCCUUUCCCUGUUAUGUAUCCAGGAAACAGCGCGCCUUACAUUUAUUUCUCAAACGCUGGUAAAUAUUUUAGCCUGUUCGAUGCAGACGGUUGA